AUGGAGAGUGUUCGAGUGUGGGAUGAGGAGAUGAAGCGGCUUGAGAAACGGAAUUUCUUGACAUUUCUCUUUGAUGGGUGGGAGGAUUGCCUAAAGCGGUCGUUGUAUGGCUCUAUAGCGGCCGAGGUAAAACAACAUCCCACCGUACUGAGUCUUGAUGAUUUGUCAGGCAAACGGGGAAACGUUCCAACAUUGAUCGAGACCACACAACGUGCAACCUCAACUAUGGGGUUAAGUGACAUGAAGAAGUUCAUUGCCGCCACAACAGACAACCCGACAACAAUGCAAGCAUAUCGACGAGAGCUACAAAAGCUAUACCCUUGGCUUCUAACAUUUGCCUGUUUCCUUCAUGGUCUUAACACGAUCAUCGGUGAGAUCUCAACAUUCGCCAAGAUGAAACAGGUUAUCAAGAAGGUGACCGAAGUUGUGACGUUCUUCAAUCGUUCUCACUACUGGGGUGGACAACUCAAAGGGGAGGCAUUGAAACACGGAAUCAAGACAUCGCUCAAGCAGAAUUGCGAGUCCCGGUGGUAUGCCCUCGUUCUGCACUGCAUGAGUGUCCAGACCUAUCGGCCAGCCCUCAUCGCUAUCUGCAUAAGGGAGGAUGCGUUACGCCCUCCUGACAAGUUGUCACCCAUUCCGAGGUCUAUCUACGACAUCGUAGUUACGAAUGGCAACUUAUUCUGGCCUGCGAUCGCUCAGUUCAUCCGGACCGUAAAGCCUCUUGUCGACGCGAUCGGAAAUGUUGAGUCGCGCGAUGCGACUUUGGCCGACUGCAUGCUCGAGCUCAUCCGGUGCGCACGAGCUAUGACGCGUCUCACCCUUCACGACAGUGAUGAGGUGGGGUUCUGGUUGCACUCUAAGGCUGUCUUCAACCGCCGCUUUUACGAAAUGGACACCGCACAUCACUCCCUCGCCCUCUUUCUCCAUCCCCUAUGCCGCCGCCUCGCUGUCUCCCAGGUCGCAAAUGGCCGCAGCUUCGAGCUCAUGAAGAAGACCGCCUUGGAAAUCGCCCAGAGGUGGAGCUGGCCUCUACCCCGGGCGAAAGCUCUCAAGGCGGACCUCGAGGCAUACUAUAAAUGCGAAGAACCGUUCACCGGUGGCGAUGCCGACGCUCUCAAGUGGUGGACAAACUUACCUGUCGACGCCGCAAAGCACCCUCUGAAGGCCCUUGCAAGAGCCCUACACUCCAUCGUACCCCAUGCUGGCGAUAUUGAGCGGCUCUUCUCGGACCUGGGCGGUACGCAGUCAGUAAAACGUUGCCGCCUCUCGGUCGACACCUUCGAGAAGCUCGGUAAGCUUCGGUCAAACCUCUCCCGCCAUCUACACCAAAAGCUCGCCCUCAAUGGGGUCCCCAUUCGUCGCAAGCACUCCCACAUGCACACUCGACCAGAGAGCGGCAUCGACACAGAGCUCGCCGCUGACCUCGAUGAAGACUUCACGUGGGUACCACCACUCACCAUUGCCAGAGAGCCAUCGGAGGCUCUGGAGGGCCCAGAGGACACAGAUCUGGAUGAUCUGGAGAAGGCUUUCAAGGAGUUUGAAGAGGAGCUUCGAAACCGCGACCUGAACUCGGAGGUGCUUGAGGGCGAGCUGUACGACUUUGAGGAGCUUGAGAAGGUAGACAAGAAUGUGAUUCCGGUGGCAGUUGAGGAGGAGAUCACAGUGCUUGUGGGUGGAGAGGCUGAACAAGGUGAUACUUGGACCAUAGAGGAUGUAUAG